AGAGAGUUGGGAUUGGGAGAGUACGAGUCAGAGCAAAGCAGCAGCUUGGGUUGGACCUUGGAGAGUCCGUUUGUUCCUUCACUUUGUUUUCUUUAGAUAUUUUUUUUUUUCUGUCGUUUCAUUGCAAACUGAUACUUCGGUAUCCAAACACACCUCAUCUACAUUUUCUCAUCUCCAGCACAAACAAACACGUGCAUCUCCUUUCGUUCCCAUGGCGAUUUCCGUUUCCGCAUCCUCCGCGAUUUCUUCUUUGAGUUCUGAACGUUCUACGCGCUUGCCGCCAUCCUUUACCUCCGCAUCUUCUUCCGCCAAACAGUUCUCGCUGCAAUUCCCCUCGCGCACGCACCUUCUUCGGAUCAGUACUCCACGCGCUCCUACUUCCCCGCGGCCACGAUUCCUUCUUCAGGUUCAAGCUAAGAAACAAUCCUUUAACUCUUUCGAUGAUUUGCUUGCCAAUUCUGAAAAGCCGGUAUUAGUUGACUUCUAUGCGACCUGGUGUGGUCCUUGUCAAUUCAUGGUUCCCAUUCUCAAUGAAGUAAGCACUCGGCUUAAGGAUAAGAUACAGGUGGUGAAGAUUGACACUGAGAAGUAUCCCAGCAUUGCUGACAAAUACAGAAUUGAGGCAUUGCCAACUUUCAUCAUGUUUAAGGAUGGAGAACCUUAUGAUCGUUUUGAGGGAGCAUUGAAUGCAGAUCAGCUUAUUGAACGCAUAGAAGCGGGACUGAAGGUUGAACAAUAACCCUACUUUGAUGAAGACAGAAAGAAGCUUGUCCAUUGGAAUGUUCGAUCACAUACAUGAUGUGACCGACUUGAGGAUCAUUAGUUGAUUGAACCUCGUUAGACCGACUUGAGGAUCACUAGUUGAUUCAACCACAUUAGACAUUUUUUAAAGUGAUCAUUACCUUUCAUAAGUUAAUUCUUGCCCCUUAUUUAGACUCCUUCCUCUUGAUAUAUACUUUAUUUUCAUUUUCUGAGGCUUAAAAAUAGUGCAAGUAUAGGGAGAUUAAAGUUGGUCAAUGUUUGCUAUAUACUGAUUGAAUCGCAUGGGAAAUGCUAAAUGUGAUGAUACACAUCUUAAAAUAAUUUUAUCAAAA